AUGGAGGAGAAGCGAAGAGAUCUCGCCGGAACACCGCCGCCGCCCGCAAAUGCGGCGGAGGCGACGCCCUCUGAACAGCCGACGUCCCGUCGGAGGGGCGGGGCGCAGAAGCGGAAAUCUACCUCGUUGAACAGCGGUGGAGGCGGUGGCUCGAAUCCUCAGGCGUCGUCAUCGAAGCGACAGGCUAGGGAGAAGCCUCCGCCGGUUCCUUUCCCCCCGAUCCACAUGAAUGGACCCCUCACUCGGGCGCGCCUGCAGCCCUACAACAGCAGCAGCGUGGCUGACGUGGCGCCGGUGAAGAGAGAGGCUGAGGCGCGCGAGGCGGCGGCGAAGGCGGAGGAGAUGAUUAGGGCGGCCGAGAAUUGGGAGGCGCUGGAGGCGAAGAUUGAGGCUGAGUACGAAGCCAUUAAGUCGAGAGAUGCGAAUGUUCAUGUGGUGCCUCUUCAUGCGGGUUGGUUUUCCUGGACUAAAAUCCACCCACUGGAGGAGAGAAUGUUGCCUUCAUUCUUUAAUGGGAAAUAUGAAAGUAGAACCCCAGAAAUAUAUAUGGAGAUACGUAAUUGGAUAUUGAACAAGUUUCACCUCAAUCCUAGUGAACAAGUCGAGUUGAAACAUCUCUCUGAGCUUACGGCUGGGAAAUUGGAUGCCCGGCAAGAGGUCCUGGAGUUUCUGGACUACUGGGGUUUGAUAAACUAUCAUCCAUUCCCUGAUCAAGAGCCUUCUGCUGCUGUGACUGUUGACGCUGCUAUUGAUGCUGAUAAGGACGAAGCUGGAGAAGUGGAAUCUUUGGUGGAACAGCUAUUUAAAUUCGAAACGGUUGAGUCUUGCCCUCCAAUUGUUCCAAGGGCGAGUACAACGGUACCAGCCAUGUCGUCAGGCUUUUUUCCGGAAUCUGUCAUUGCUGAUGAACUAGUGAAGUCCGAGGGUCCUGCUGUUGAGUAUCAUUGUAAUUCUUGUUCAGCCGAUUGCUCGAGGAAACGUUAUCACUGUCAGAAGCAGGCUGAUUUCGAUCUAUGCGCGGAUUGUUUCAACAAUGGUAAGUUUGGAUCACACAUGUCCCCAUCGGAUUUCAUUCUUAUGGAACCUGCUGAAGCUGGUGGUGCAAGUGGAGGGAAAUGGACAGAUCAAGAAACUCUUCUACUCCUUGAAGCAAUAGAAUUAUUUCGUGAUAACUGGAGUGAGAUUGCCGAGCAUGUAGCGACAAAGACAAGAGCUCAGUGUAUAUUGCACUUUGUUCAAAUGCCUAUUGAGGAUGCGUUUUUCAAUCACAAUGAUGAAGAUAGCGAUGCUCCUAAAGAAAACAGACUGCCUGUAUCUACCAACUCUGAAAACUCAGUUCCUAAAGCUGACCAAGACCAUGAUACUGCGCCUAAGGAUGUCCCUGAGAAUACAGAAAUCCAGGGAAGAAGUAAUACUGAUAAUCAAGACUCAUCCUGUCCAAUGGAAAUCUCAAAGCCAGAUGAGACUGGAGAAUCAGAUGCAAAAAAUGACGCUGGGGAAAAUUUUGCACUAAAGGCUCUCAAGGAAGCUUUUGAAGCUGUGGGCUCUCUUCCUUCACCUGGGGAAAAAAUGUCAUUUGUUGAAGCUGGUAAUCCUGUGAUGACAUUGGCAGCAUUCUUGGUACGGCUGGUGGAUCCAAAUAUUGCCAUCGCAUCUGUUCGUAACCUCUUGAAAUCUUUAUCUAAAAAACACUCCAGCGAGCAGCUUGCUGCAAGGCACUGUUUCCUUUUGGAAGAUCCACCAGAAUAUAAGAAGAAUCUUGGCAACACAGAAGGAGCCGAGACUGAGACAACCGAUCUUGAAGCUCAGAAGGAUGCCGUUCAGAAUACUGAGUCACAGAAGGAAACGGCUGAUUCAAAUUCCCACAGUGUACGUGAUGAUGAAAAUGAUAAUAAUAAUAAUAAUAAUAAUAAGGAAUCUUCUGCACCUGAAGAACACGAGAACAAGGAUUCUGCUUCUAAGGACCAGAAAACUGAAGCUUCUCCUAGUGAUCAACAGAAAGCUGAGGGUUCUAAGGAUCCUGAUAAGUUGGCGAGCCCUGAGGAAGCCCAGCCGACAUCUGAGAGUCAGCCGAGUAGCUCUGCUUUACCAAAGGAAGAGGCUUCAAAAGAUACUGAGAAAUCCAGUGUGGAUACUGAGCUUCAAUCGUCUACUAUGAAGGAAUCAAAAGAUGGAGAGUCAGCCCGGGAGGCAACUCAGUCUAAAGAUCCUUUGAAAGACAUGGAUUUGACAUCCCUUCCUGAAAAGAAAGAAGCUGAUUUAAUGGUGAUAUCAAAUUCAAUAGCUGACAAAGAAAAUACAGGUGAAGGAGAAGGCAAGGAAGAUGCUAUUGAAAAGAAAGAGCCAAUAACACCGAAGAAUGGCCUUGAUGUCAAUGACAAGUUAAGCCGAGCUGCACUGACAGCCAUUUCAGCUGCUGCAAUCAAAGCGAAGUUUCUUGCAGACCAAGAAGAAGAUCAAAUUCUUCAGCUGUCCACAUUUCUAAUUGAAAAACAGCUGUACAAGCUGGAGUCCAAGUUGGCUUUCUUUAACGACAUGGAAAACAUUGUGAUGCGGGUCAAGGAUCUAUUAGAGAGGUCGAAGCAGAAGCUUUUCCACGAGCGGGCCCAAAUAAUUGCGACCCGAUUUGGGAUGCAAGCUUCGGCCCGUCCACCCAACUCACAGGCUUUACUUCCCAAUAAGGCAGCAGUUAAUUUUCCCAACACAACAAGGCCCUUUAUGGGCAUGAAUGUUCUCAGGCCUCCUAUUUCGAGACCGAUGGUGCCAGUGAAUCCUGGCUCGAGUGUGACUAUGACAGGGAGUGAAACUGGAAGUACGAUGCAGCCUAAUGCAGAUGGGCUUUCUUCAGUUGGGAUGAAAUAA